AUGGGGUGGACCAUGCCACCUCGAUCGCCUUUCCCACGGAACACGGAAUUUUCAAGCACAUCUGCGUACAACGGGGCGGCAUUCCAGUCACUGGGCUUGCCACAAGUGGAAGAAGCGACGGAGUUCCAGCCACUCUAUUCGGCCCAAAAUGGGUCGUUUUAUGAUGGCGGUGCACUGCCACCGCUACCUUCUCCUCAGUCACGUCGCAGCUCAGUGCCGACAUUGCCAGCAAGUUAUUCGUCGCUGGAGCAGCAGCAGCAGCAGCAGCACUUUUUGCCGACGUCUCUGUUGGAGCUACCGUCUUCCCAAUCACGUCGCAGCUCAGUGACGUCAUUGUCAGCAAGUUAUUCGUCGCUGGAGCAGCAGCAGCAGCACUUUUUGCCACCGUCUCAAUUGGAGCUACCUUCAUCUCAGUCACGCCGCAGCUCAAUGCCGGCAUUGCCAGCAGGUUAUUCGACGCUGGAGCAGCAGCAGCACUUUUUGCCGCCGUUUCUAUUGGAAUACCAGGAUGGAGACUUUGACAAUGAAAUCGCACAAGAAAUCUCGUCGAGUAUGUUCCAAUCGCCCGCGAUGUCAACGGAACCAUGGGAGCGAGAAAACUUGCGACAGCCACUGAACAGCUGUCCAGCUCGACCGAAUCUAAGUGUCGGUGGCACACCUCCCAGUAGUUUGUCCACGGCUGCCCCACUCAGCAGACCUAAGCGAGGAGGUGCAUUGAGAGAGCCUUUUACGGCAAUGGCAGUUACCGACAAGCCCAAGUUUUCACCCGACAAACGCAAGUUGUGCUGCGUAGAAGGCUGUUUGAGCCAAGCCCGAGCCUUUAACCGAUGUAAACGGCAUGGUGGAUCCAAACGAUGCUCGAGUCCAGGGUGUACUAAGAGCGUUCAGAGUCGUGGGCUGUGUAUCCGCCACGGUGGUGGGUCCCGGUGUCAGGAGAGUGGCUGCACCCGUGCGUCGCAGAGUCAUGGUCGGUGCAAGCUGCACGGCGGCGGCCGUCCCUGCAUUGUGGCAGGUUGUGACAAGAAGGCGCAUCUCAAGCGCCUCUGCCGCAAACACGGCGGCGGCAUCAAGUGCCGUGUAGUAAACUGUGAAAAGUGGUCUCAGCGUCAAGGCAUGUGCAUGACGCAUUCCAAGGUGGCUGGAGGACCGCAACCGAGCGGAAGUUUCGUCGACUCUGAUCAAUUUGGUCAGAAUUCGCUGUCUUUGCCAGCUUUUUCAGCCUCCUCUUCGCCGCUGUCGCUUUCUACGUUUUCGGAUGCUGCAUAA